AUGCCGAUUCCCACCGUAUUCUACCUAUUCCAAGAGGGCCCGCCGGCCUGGGCGCGCCAGCAUGCCUUCGAGCUCACCGUCGCCACCGUGGUUGUGACGUUUCUCUUCUUCUUGAAGCAGUACACGUCGGGUGCCAUCAAUACUGCAGAACGAAAAUUGCAUGGAAAAGUAGUGAUAAUGACGGGCGGCACGUCAGGUGUCGGAGCGCGGGCCGCAUACGAGCUAGCAUCGCGAGGUGCCCAGCUCGUGCUCUUGACGCAAGUACCGGGGAAUGACCCUUUUCUAGUCGACUAUAUUGAAGACCUACGCGAUAAGACUGGCAAUCAGCUCAUAUACGCUGAACAAGUUGAUUUGAGCAGUCUUCAUAGCAUCCGCAAGUUUGCAACCGCCUGGAUCGAUAACGCGCCACCGAGACGAUUAGAUAUGGUUGUGCUCUGCGCAGCUUCAAUGACGCCGCCCGGCAGCAAGAGACAGGAGACUGACGAAGGUAUCGAGGAAACUUGGAUGGUCAAUUUCUUAGCCAAUUUCCAUCUACUGAGCAUCUUGAGCCCCGCCAUCAAGGCCCAGCAGUUUGACCGAGACGUGCGAAUCAUCAUGACAACGUGUUCGUCCUAUAUUGCGUCGCCAUCACUCAAGGAAGCUAUCGAUGAUCUCAAUUGGACGCCGAGCAAGGCAUAUGCUCGCAGCAAGAUGGCGCUAAACGUCUUUGGCCAAGCUUUUCAGAAGCAUCUUGAUUCCUACAAACGACCGGACGGGCUCCCCAUGAACGCGAAGGUUAUCUUGGUUGACCCUGGUAUGUGCAGAACACCGGGUACCAGACGAUGGCUUACUCGUGGAUCAAUCUUUGGCCUGCUAUUCUACGUCUCCUUCUAUGCAUUCCCGUGGUUCCUGCUCAAAUCCGCUCACCGUGGCGCUCAGUCUAUUCUCUACGCUGCUAUGGAUGCCGAAUUACAGAGGAUAGGCGGCGGUAGGCUAAUCAAGGAGUGCAUGCGAGUUGACUUUGCUCGCAGCGAAGUAACAGAAGACGAGGUAGCCAAGAAACUGUGGGAAGAGAGUGACAAGCUCAUUGAAGCUACAGAGAAGGAGGCUGCCAAGAAGAGAGCCCGUGAGAAGGUCGAUAACGUCAAAGAAGCUCAAAAGGAAGAGGAGCUUGAGCGAGCCAAGGAGGUGGAAAGUUUAAUGGCAACGAUUAAAAAGGGCAAAGAGGCUGAAAAGAAAAAGAAGAAGAGCCAAGAAAAGGCGACUGGUGAUUCAGCAAAUGGCAACGGCAAAGGGCAAAAGAAGAAGAAAUAG